GGGGAGUGACGCCGAUUGGUCCGGACCCAAGGCUUCGCUGAGCCGAGCGCGUCCGGGAGCCGGCCGCCUCAGGGAUGGACGAAACGAGCCCCCUGGUGUCUCCCGAGCGGGCUCACCCCCCGGACUACACGUUCCCGUCGGGCCCGGGCCCAGGCGCUCACUUCCCUCAGGUGCCUGGAGCCGUGGUGCGGGUGGUGCCGCCGUCCGGCCUGGGGCCGUCGCCACCGGGCUCCCCUGGCCGGGACCGGGAGCGGCAGCCUCUGCUGGAGCGGUGCCCGGGCGGGGCGCGGGCCGCGGCGGUCCAGGCGCAGGCCCAGGCUGUGGCGGCCCAAGCUCAGGCCCUGGCGGCCCAGGCCCACGCGGCGGCGCAGGCGGCGCAGGCCCAGCGGGAGCGGAACGAGUUCCCAGACGACCCCGAGUUCGCCGAAGUAGUGCGGCUGGCCGAGCUGGCGAGCGAGCGCGGCAUCUACCCCGAGCGCAUCUACCAGGGCUCCAGCGGCAGCUACUUCGUCAAGGACCCCCAGGGGAAAAUCAUUGGUGUCUUCAAACCCAAGAAUGAAGAGCCAUAUGGACACCUUAACCCCAAGUGGACCAAGUGGUUACAGAAGUUGUGCUGUCCCUGCUGCUUUGGCCGUGAUUGUCUUGUCCUCAAUCAGGGUUAUCUCUCAGAGGCAGGAGCCAGUUUGGUGGACCAAAAGCUGGAACUCAAUAUUGUACCUCGUACCAAGGUAGUAUAUCUGGCCAGCGAGACCUUCAACUACAGUGCCAUUGACCGAGUGAAGUCUAGGGGGAAGCGACUCGCCUUAGAGAAAGUGCCAAAAGUCGGGCAGCGAUUUAACCGCAUCGGACUGCCACCCAAGGUUGGUUCAUUCCAACUCUUUGUUGAGGGCUACAAGGAUGCUGACUAUUGGCUACGACGGUUUGAAGCAGAUUCGCUGCCUGAGAACACUAAUCGGCAGCUACUAUUGCAGUUUGAGCGGUUGGUGGUCCUAGAUUACAUCAUCCGAAACACUGAUAGAGGCAAUGACAAUUGGCUGAUCAAAUAUGAUUGUCCGAUGGAUAAUUCCAGCUACCGGGACACAGACUGGGUAGUGGUGAAGGAGCCUAUUAUCAAACUGGCUGCCAUAGACAAUGGGCUGGCUUUCCCUCUGAAGCAUCCUGACUCCUGGAGGGCAUAUCCUUUUUAUUGGGCUUGGUUGCCCCAAGCCAAAAUUCCAUUUUCCCAGGAAAUCAAAGACCUGAUCCUUCCAAAGAUAUCUGACCCUAACUUCAUCAAGGACCUGGAAGAGGACCUGUAUGAGCUCUUCAAGAAAGAUCCUGGCUUUGACAGGGGUCAGUUUCACAAGCAAAUUGCUGUCAUGCGGGGACAGAUCUUGAAUCUAACUCAGGCCCUGAAAGACAAUAAGAGCCCCCUCCACCUAGUCCAGAUGCCACCUGUGAUUGUGGAGACAGCCCGGUCCCACCAGCGGUGUGCCAGCGAGUCUUACACACAGAGCUUUCAGAGCCGGAAACCCUUCUUCUCCUGGUGGUAGCCCUGCAGGCACUUGGGUGCUGUCUCAGACUUGGGGACUGGGAGGGAGCCUGGGGAGCAGCUUUUGAGAUAAGCCAGCAAAGCAGGUGGAGUCAUAUACUUGAGAGCCCUUCCCCUCUCGUAGAGCCAAAGAGCUUUGCAAAAUAUGGGGAGAACCACCACCAGACAUACUGGGGCAGUCUUAGGCCCUGGUAUUGCCUUUUAUAUUCUGGGUAAGGUCAGAAUUCUACAGGAGAAUGGGAGAGGCGCUAGGGAAGGAGCACCUCAUUUAAUUUUUUGUUCAGCUGCAGGUUUUGAAAUGUACCAUUGCAGACACCCUACUAUUGCAGUACCCUAUCACUUGUUUUAUUUUGCAUCAGGAAACAAAGAAAUCCACAAACUCUUAGCAGCAAAAUCCUGGCCUGAACAUUAUCCUUGAAAAACAUCACAACAUGAUACCAGUUCAGAAAUGAUCUUGUAUGAAUUCAUGAGCCUAGACGCUCUGUCCCCAUGUCCAUGGGGGUGAGAGAUUGUAUGCCAGUGCGUCAAAGUGGAUAAUACUUCUGAGACCUUGAGCUGAAAAUUUUUACCUUUCAUUUUAAUUUUUACUUGGUCUUCUCUUUUCCACCAGACCCCACUAGAAAGUCCCCUCUGCUCCCUUUCCAUCUCACCAGUGGGAUAAAAUCUGCUUCCAAAUCUGACAAAUUUGUACUUUUACUUUUACAAAGUCUAUUUUAACUCUAGUCCCUUCAGUGGCUUUGUCUAAGCUCGUGUAGGCCCUGCUAGCACUCAGCUCCUGCUCAGGCAUGCUGUGCAGCUGUGGUUAGACUUGCCCUUUGAAUCGGGAGGCAUAUUCCCAGCAUACGGCUUUCCACAUGGACUCAUGUGCUUUCUGGGAGCUGUAGUUGAACUUGCCUGUGUGGUCUGCUUAAACCCUGGACCUUGCUUUGACUGGUCUGUCACCUUCUCCAUACUUCUGUCUCAUCCCCAUUUUCCCAAGUGCUUGGCCCUAGCAAUUAGGCUUUCCUUCCCUCAGCUUCAGUUUCAGUCCAGAUUUGUUCUUAGACUUUUAAGUUCUUUCCCAGCUCUUUUCUCAGAGGAAUCCUUGAGAAAGAUUUAUAUUCCGCCAUUUAUCCCACCUCACCUACGUUUCAUGCUUGGCCUUGGCUGUUAGCAGCAUACAUGCUUAGGCUCCUGUUUUUAUAGACUGCUAGUGCUUGGCCCACCCUACUGCCUGCUUCUGUUGUCCCUUCCUGAGGGAGAAGGUAUGGAGGUACAAGAAACAAAAUAUGAAUUUUAUUUUAAAUCUUCAUUGUUUUCAUUAUGUGACGUGCUUUUCAGGGUGGGAAGAUGGGAAGUCAGUGUUGGUAACAUUCUUGCCUUCCAUUUCUUUCCCUCUAUGAAGCAGUUCUCCCCAUGCUUUUUAAGGAAGCAGGCCCCAAAGGAAGGAGUCCUUUACUGUCUACCCCAAUUCCCCUAUCCUGCUAUUUCCCCAACUGCAGUCCCUGCCCAGGCCUAGAUUCCCUUCCGGGCAAAGGCUCUUUGAUGGUGGAGCAGAGUGGAGUAGAGAUAGCCGUGCACCAGUUUACUUUUUUUUUUCCGAGGAUGGCACACCAUACUACUAGAACCAUGAGGCUUCGGUACCCUCCCUGUGACGAAUGGCUGAAUUAGCCUGGCAAAGAAACUAUCUCGAUGGUUUAACCAGUAACCAAAGAAGAGAGUGCUCUCAGCCUGUCCAGUUUCUUCUUCCUCAGAGGCAAGGCAGUGGUGGAGCUCACCUCUCUUCUCCUUGGCUUCUGUGUUCUAGGAAGAACCAAUCUGCCAUAGGAUGUUUGCUCUCUGUUAGGAAGAGUAUGUAAGUCCACUCUGCAUGACCCCAAGGACAAGGACAACCUAGCUCUCUAGCACUGACAAUCCCAAUCGGCGAUCCUGUCCUGAUUCUCAGGCUGGAUGACAUGCAUUUGAAAAUAAGUGACCUACGCUGCAGAGGCAGGUGAUUCCCAUAGAGACUAGAGGUCUCUAUUACUGACUUGCCCAAUUCUGUGGAAACUAGAACCAAGCUCCAAACUCCCUGUAAGUACAAAGGCCUUUUGGAGGAAAGUGAGCUUUGCUUAUGGUGUGUAUAUGUUUAUAGAUACACAUGUAUAUGUAAAGUUCCCUCCCCACCCACACCUGCUCUUCCCCCCACUCCUCCCCAAGGAUGGGGAGAGCCUUUGAAGUUUUCAGAUGGGGACGGUUAAAUCCUUACAUUGUUUCUCCUGUUUAAGAUUAGCAGAGGAUCAGAAGGAAAGUGAGCCUGGGGAAGGAGUUAGUUCCUGUCCCUUAGCAGUGAUAUGAAUGUAGGGUCUCUUCCCAGCCCCUAAUGAUUAUGUCUUGGAGGCUGGAUUCAGGUUGCCCUGAAUAGACUGGAAGGAACCAGAGAUAAAGCAGGAGACUUCUGAACAGCAUGGAGCAAACUCACUCUUUUUUGCUGGCAAGGGGCUUCCCCCCAGCACUGAGGAAAGAAAUGGAGUCCUGGUUACUGUGAUUGCUGCUGCCCCCAUGUAUUGUUCUAAUGCACUGUAGAAACUGUAUGUAAUGUAUUUAUAACAAUGCAAAUGUACAAAUAACAUGAAUUCAAUUCCA